AUGGCGGAAGCGGUGCCGCAGCCAAAGUCCAUCCUCCGAGGCCACAAAGCUCAAGUGCACGCUUUAACCUUCAUCCGGGGUAAUGAUCGGUUGGCCAGCGGAGAUGCAGAGGGCUUCGUCGUCCUCUGGGACCUCACCAUUAUGCGCCCGACGGCUGUGUGGAGGCCACACGAAAACGCAAUUUUGGGAAUAAAGGGUUGGGGAGACGACCGAAUCAUAACCCACGGCCGGGAUCACAAGCUUGCAGUCUGGCAGUUGGGCCUCAAGGAUGAGUCUCAUCUGAGCAAGAAGCUACCUCUCGAUGAGACACCAGAGCCAAGGCCACAGCCUUGGCUUUUGCAUCUCAUCGACGUCAACACCAUGAAUUUCUGCUCAUUCGCCUCGUGCGCUCCGCUGCCUGGCGACGCGACCGAAUCAUCGAGCCUAUUGCUGGCUGUGCCAAGCACAAGGGCUUCGGAAUCGGUCGACAUCUACGAAUUGCCCUCCAAAAAGAGAACUCACACAAUCAAGUUCUCAGAGAAAAAUGGCAUGGUCAUGGCUCUAGCCUUGCUGUAUACUGACGGAGCCGCGUCUACAGGGCCCUCCACCAAUGGUCGUUUGACCCUCGUCGCUGCAUACGAGAACGGGUUGGCAACGGUUGUGCAGCUCGAUAGUGGGACAUGGAAUACCACCUACUUGUCUCAAGUCCACAAGCAACCCAUCCUCUCACUCGACGUCGUUGCGGAGAAAGGCUACUUUCUUACUUCCGGUGCAGAUGCAACGAUCGCAAAACACCCUAUUCCGGGAGCCAACUCCGGCAUCGACGGGGAGAUUGUCCAGCAACCCUUGAAGAUCCUGAAUACCAAGCAUUCGGGCCAGCAGAGUAUACGUAUUCGGGACGACGGACGUAUCUUCGCUACUGCCGGCUGGGAUUCGAUGCUUCGUGUGUAUUCUUGCAAAACCCUCAAGGAAGUGGCUACUCUCAAAUGGCACCAGGCGGGAUGUUACGCGGUUGCCUUGGCCAGUGUCAGCGCGAUGACUAGGACUGAUGAGACCCGGAGCGCUUCCGGCGAUCCCAAUCAGCUUCCCCAGGAUCUUAUCUCUCGUUCAGGACAGCAACUGAGCGUCAAGGACAGGCGCAUACAGCAGGCUCAAAAUGCCCACUGGCUGGCAGCCGGGUGCAAAGAUGGCAAGAUUUCCAUGUGGAACAUUUUUUGA